UAAUUUUACAAAAAGUAUUUUUGACAGCUAAUGGUACUCUAUACAUGCAUGGGUCCACAACAUUUUUUAAAUGGUUAUAUCUCUUGAAGAAAAAAAAAAAAUCUGGGAAAAAAUGAAUGUUUUGAGCGCCUCAACACACAAAGUUUCAAUCCCCUACUAAAACUAUGCGGCUGUUAGAAAUGUUUAUAUGUCUCUCCCAGGUCAAAACGAACCGAAUGAGUAACGAGGGUUAAACAUCACUAAAGCUGUGACAGAUCCUCUAAAUAAAUAAUCACUUCCUCUCAGAAUACAGGGCAAUUCUAAAUUGGUCUAAAACAUGUUAAAAUGGACAUUGAUUUUGUUUUGGGUUUCUUCACAUUUCAAAUUUCAUGAAUUACUGUUGUAUAAAAACAAGGUUUGGUGCUGCAUUUUGCCGACUCAGCACUCUGAAUUCACUGAUGUACCGCAGUACAGAGAGAGAGAGAGGAUGGUUCUGUGGAAACACGCUGCGCAUCCUCCUCAUCCUCAUGAGUUCAGCUACAGCAGCGGCGCAGUGCAGGAGCACUAACCUACAACACAACACAAGAACAGCGCAGCGACGCGAUCCAGCGCUGCUUUUUUGUAUGUUUAUAAUUUCUCUCAAUCACGGAAUUUUUUUACGUUUUGGAGAGGAAAUUGGUCACCCUAAAAAUCCGUUCCCGUAGUUCCCUCAAGGCGAAACUGAACAUUUCUACGCGAGCGCUCUCACUGUCCAGCGCGUGCUGCGUAAGGCACUGUGAAACAGCUGCACGAGAAUGUCUGCUGCAGAUGAUGCCAACCCAGCAGGUGCUCCUGGAGGAGCCGGUCCUCCUGCUCCCCCUCCAAACACCACCAGCAACCGCCGACUGCAGCAGACACAAGCACAAGUGGAGGAGGUGGUGGAUAUCAUGCGUGUGAAUGUGGAUAAGGUUCUGGAGAGAGACCAGAAGCUCUCUGAGCUGGACGACAGGGCCGAUGCUCUGCAGGCCGGGGCGUCACAGUUCGAAAGCUGUGCCGCCAAACUGAAGAACAAAUACUGGUGGAAGAAUUGCAAGAUGAUGAUUAUUAUGGGUGUCAUUGGAGUCAUCUUCAUUGGCAUCAUUUUCUUGUAUUUCUUCUCUUGAGCCGAUCCACCUGCAGCGAAUGAGAAAACGAAUGAGUAAAUGAAGAAAACACAACCGUUAGCUCCGCCCCUUUUUCCACAUCCUUCUCGCGUCAAUCUCGACGUCUCUCCGUUUAGUCAAUUUCCACUUUUGUGUGACAGUAGUACAUGAUAUCUGCUCUGCAUUCCCCUUUACCAGGAUGAGCAUGAUUCAAUUUCUCUCUCUCUUUCCCUUCCUCUCAGGAUCUCCUGCAUUAUUUAAACUUUCUGCAGACACGCAGACAUUCAUACAAGAAUGCCAGAGAGAGCAGAAGAAAAAAAGACUAAUAAGAAUAAGUAGGAGAGGCCUGGAAGUGCAAUACUGUUUAUAAGUUUGUGGUCAGAAUUAAAAAAAAAAAAAAAGAAAGAAAGAAAUUAAUACUUUUAUUCAGCAAAUGUGCAUUAAUUUGAUAAAUAGUGACAGUGUCAGACAAGAUUUCUAAUUUUCUAUUUAUCAAAGAAUCCUGAAGAAAAAGUAUCAUGGUUUCCACAAAAAUAUUAAGAAAAACUGUUUUGUACUUAAGAGAUACAGACAUUUCCAGAAAAGCUGAACCAAUAGACAGAUCAUUUAUGAAAAUAGCUGAUUUUUCUUACCUAGAUGUGCACAAGUAGUGAAAAUAAACAGUAAAAAUGCAAUGCCAGGUAUGUAAUAAAAGAGAAAAGUGGGAAUUCUUUGCACACAGAGAAAGAAUAAGGUUCAUUUGUUUCUUUUGACUUGCAUGGCAGAAUAAUCCCACUGUUUUAUGUGUGAUAUGUUAACUUAUCACUAUCAACUGCCUGUUAUGUGCAAAAAAAAAAAAAAUCUUGUUCUGUGGAAGGGAACAAGAUGUGAAUGCUACGAGGCUGCCAAAAUGUACUGAAACGUACAGAAAUUCACAGAUAAUCAGUGCAAACAGAGCAUAAACAAUAAUCUAUACUGCCAUUCAACAUACACAUUCCUUCAUCAGCACAGACUUUUAUAUUUUGUUCUGUUGUUCGAGAAUGUAGACAUUUCUAUUUUUCUCUUUAGUUAUGACCAACUAAUAUACUAUAUGUAUAAAUAUGAAUGAAUGAAAGCAUAUACCAUAACAGAGGGGUAAUAACAUCAGCUCUGAUGCCAGUAUUAGAUUUUAAUAGCAUAAAAAGCAUGCUUGUAUGCCCCUGAUUCUUUAAUGAUGCCAAUAAAACCAUCGACAAAA